UUUAGUUAGAGACGUUGAAGAGUUUUGAGCUUCUAAAAAAUACAUGGUGGUAGAUGAAAAUCGUAAAACGAGUUUAUACUCUAGUUGGAUGAAAUAUAAUAAAAAUAUCAAAAAAAUAAAACAACAAACAAACAAACAACAAUAAGUUAUAAGCAGAAUAAAAAACAAGAUAAACAAAUUAAGGAUUUGAGUAAUGACAGAAAAAGUUUUGAAAGGUGAAAGGUUUUAUGUAUGAAAAGGAUUUCAAUUAAAGAAUAAGAGAAUUAAGAAAUCAAGAAAAAUAAGUUUUAAUUAAAUUUUUAAAUAAAUAAAAUUAAGAAAAUUAUUUCUUGAUAAUUUCAGUCAUUUAAAAUAAAUCUUCAAAAAAAAAAACAAUUUAUAAAAAAUAAAAUUAUAUAAAAAACCACAAAAAGUUUAAAGUGCAAAAAAAGUGUUUAACCAAAUUUUACACAAUUAUUUAAUAAAAAAUAAUUAAAAAAACAAAUAAAACUAACCACAAAUAUAUACUUUAUCAUAAAUUAAAAAAAAAAACAGUGUCAAAGAUUCAAAGUCAAAUACCUAUACACAGUCAACGAGGCAUAAAUUUUAUAGAGAGAGCCCAAGUCAGAGAGACAAAAAAACCUUAAGGACAACAAAUUAAAUAAGUGAAUUUAAUGUAAAUUUUUAAUGCAAACAAACAUGACAACAGUUAAAAGGAUUCUCAAAUAAAAAAAAACUACAGCAGAAGAAAAAAAAAAGAUAAUAGAAAACUAUAUACAUAAACUAACAUCACAUUUAUGAAGGAAAUUUUAAUGCAUUUUACGCACAACUAAACGGCUUUUAAUAUCCAUAAACAGAUUAGAAAAAAAGUACCCUCAGCAGCUGUAGUUAUCUUAGAAGUAGUGAGAACAGCAAGAAGCAACCGAAGAAAGUGGCGAAAACAUUAGAAUAGUUUUAAAUAACUUUAACAUGAAGUAUUAUUUAUUCUCCCAUAAAUACAUUUUUAUGCAUUUUAAAUAUUUAUAAAAACACAACAGCAGCAAGGCAUUGGUUUAGAAACGAGUUUCCUUAGCAGAACACAACUCAAUAGCAACGAGGCAGCAAGCAAAGUAAUAGUUUCUAAUGUCUGCGGCAGGCAAACGUUGAGUAUGACACAAAAACGAGGGGAUUCCACAACGUGUUCUUGAAUACAUAAUAAAAAUUCUCCUCUUUAACUAAUACAACUUCCAUCAUACGAAACGACACAGUAUUUAGAUUGAAAUCAAAGAAACAAGAUUGUUGACACAAAAAAAGUGGGGAAAAAGUAGAAUCAUAAAGUCAAAAACAUACAACCUCAACUUGUUGUAGCUGCAGGAAAAGCGAAAAAAAAAAUCUUGAUUUGGUGUAUACACGUGUUUGAGUAAGAGUUAAGAGGUCAAAUAAUAAAAAAAAUCCCGUUUUCCGUAUCCGCACUCCUACGUAUAUACAUGUUUGCGCUGAUUUACUGCGUUUUACUCUAUACCAUCACACACACUCAAAUAAAAAAGUGUGUUUGUGUGUAAAUAACUGUUAGAAUAAAUGUUUAACAGUGCUGUGGUGCAUCUAAUAAUUGUUUAUGACAAGUUUGUGUCUGGCUAGAAAAAAAAAGACACGUGUAUACUGCAGUUGUGACAUUGUUAAAUGAGUUUGAUAUAAAUCAUAAAGGAUCCUUGCCCCAAAAGAAAAUAAAAACUAAACAAUAAAGUGACGUCAAUAUAAAAGACAAGAAGAAAAUCCUGGAAUUUUAAAUAAUUUUUUCUUCGUUACUUUAAACAACAAAUAAGCAGUGGCGCGUCUACUAUUAUGGCUCGUUUUAUAACAACAUCAUCAUCACCAACAUUAACAACAUCGACCGCAGCAACAUCAUCGUCGUCGUGGUCGUCAAAAGCAACAUCCACAGCAACAUCGAUUUCUUCCCAUUCGAGAACAUCCAGAAAAUCCCGUUGUACCUCUAGCCAUUUAUUAAACGCGUUCGCGUCUUUAACGUCUCGUUCGUCGUUAUCGUUAUCGCUGUCGUCAACAACGUCAAAUGACUUAUAUCGUGGUUUUCUCACCACACUCGUUAUACUCUUGCGUAUGUCAUCGGUGGCGUACGGCAUAACGGAUCGUUUAAUUGUUCAAACAACUAGUGGUCCCGUACGUGGUCGUGCGGUAACGGUACAGGGUCGUGAAGUGCAUGUCUUCACAGGUAUUCCGUAUGCAAAGCCUCCUGUGGAUGAUUUACGUUUUCGUAAGCCAGUACCAGCUGAACCAUGGCAUGGCGUUUUAGAUGCAACACGACUGCCAGCAACAUGUGUACAAGAGAGAUACGAAUACUUCCCUGGCUUUUCCGGUGAAGAGAUAUGGAAUCCCAAUACAAAUGUAUCAGAAGAUUGUUUAUAUAUGAAUAUAUGGGCUCCAGCAAAGGCGCGUCUGCGACAUGGUCGUGGAGCCAAUGGUGGUGAGCAUUCAUCGAAAACCGAUCCUGAUCAUUUAAUCCAUAGUGCAACACCCCAAAAUACAACAAAUGGUUUACCCAUUUUAAUAUGGAUCUAUGGUGGUGGCUUUAUGACUGGUUCGGCCACACUGGACAUUUACAAUGCCGACAUUAUGUCAGCGGUGGGUAAUGUUAUUGUUGCCUCAUUUCAGUAUCGUGUCGGUGCAUUUGGUUUUCUACAUCUUUCACCGGUUAUGCCAGGUUUUGAAGAGGAAGCGCCCGGUAAUGUUGGCCUUUGGGAUCAAGCUUUGGCCUUGCGUUGGCUUAAGGAAAACGCUCGUGCCUUUGGUGGCAAUCCCGAAUGGAUGACACUGUUUGGUGAAUCAGCCGGUUCGAGUUCGGUAAAUGCCCAGCUAGUUUCGCCAGUUACCAGAGGUCUAGUGAAACGUGGCAUGAUGCAAUCGGGUACCAUGAAUGCACCCUGGAGUCAUAUGACUUCGGAAAAGGCAGUAGAGAUUGGUAAAGCUUUAAUAAACGAUUGCAAUUGUAAUGCCUCAUUGUUGUCGACUAAUCCUCAAUCGGUAAUGGCCUGCAUGCGUGCGGUCGAUGCAAAAACAAUUUCAGUACAACAAUGGAAUUCCUAUUCGGGUAUUUUAAGUUUUCCCUCAGCUCCCACUAUAGAUGGUGCAUUUUUACCAGCUGAUCCCAUGACUCUUAUGAAAACAGCUGAUAUGUCUGGUUAUGAUAUUAUGAUUGGAAAUGUCAAAGAUGAGGGUACAUAUUUUCUCUUAUACGAUUUUAUUGAUUACUUUGAUAAAGAUGAAGCAACAUCAUUGCCACGUGAUAAAUAUUUAGAAAUAAUGAAUAAUAUAUUUAAUAAGGCCACACAAGCCGAACGGGAGGCCAUUAUAUUUCAGUAUACCAGCUGGGAAGGUAAUCCAGGAUAUCAAAAUCAACAGCAAAUUGGCAGAGCUGUAGGUGAUCACUUCUUUACCUGCCCCACAAAUGAGUAUGCACAGGCAUUAGCUGAACGAGGUGCACAAGUACAUUACUACUACUUUACACAUCGCACAAGUACCUCCUUGUGGGGUGAAUGGAUGGGCGUUUUACACGGCGAUGAAAUCGAGUACUUCUUUGGUCAACCCUUAAAUACAUCACUGCAGUAUCGAGCCGUAGAACGAGAGUUGGGAAAACGUAUGCUCAAUUCAGUUAUUGAAUUUGCAAAAACGGGUAAUCCAGCUGUUGAUGGUGAAGAAUGGCCAAAUUUCUCUAAAGAAGAUCCUGUUUAUUAUGUCUUCAGUACAGAUGAAAAAACUGAAAAACUACAAAGAGGUCCAUUGGCCAAACGAUGCUCAUUUUGGAAUGAUUAUCUGCCGAAAGUACGAAGUUGGGUUGCUUUCCUGACUAACCUUUCCGAAGUAGGCGAAUAUCUUUUUAUUCAUCUUAAAACCUGGUUAACAAGUGGUUAAACUGCAGUAUAGCAAUCAUAAACUACAUAAUAAACGCACUUUUCCUUAUAAAAACUAAAAAAGAAGUUAACAACAGAUAAACAAAGUAUACCUGCUUCUAAAAACUUAAAGUACCUUUAACAUUUAAAAGAUAAACUUUCAAUUAAUAAAUAUUAUUAAAAAAUAAACUAUAAAUACCAUAACUGUAUGUUCUGCACACAAAAAAAGUUGUACUUUUAAAAAAAAUUACAUAGCUUUACUAAAACUAACAGAAAGAAAACACAAAUGAAAGGAAUGGAAUUGAAAUGCCUAUGGUAACUUAUGGAUAAAUUGGCUAAAAAAAACAAGAAUUGUUAAAUUAUUAAAAGAGAAAUAAUAUUGCAUGAUGACAGGUAAUUGAGACAAAAUGUAAAUAAAUCUUCAUAUGUAUAUAUUUAUAUGUAUGUAUUAAUGUAUUCGUGUUCCUCCAAGCGCGUAUUUCAAUUCUAUUUAUUCAAUACGACUAAAAAGUAUUACUGAAAGGGGAGAUUGUAUAAAAUAAUACUAGUACGAUAUGCAAAUUGAAUUGCAAGCAAAUUAAAUAUAUAUAUUUUUUUAUAAGUUAUGAAAACAAACAAGGAACAAAUAAAACUGUAGGAUUGUGUAUUGUUAAAAUAAAGGACCAUCAUUUAUCAUAUGAAAGUAAAGUAAGGAUUAUUGUUUUGUAUUUACUGUCUGAAAUUUAUGUAGAAUACACACAUGUCUAUAUAAACUGACUGAUUGUUUAAUGUCUUUAUUACUAAGAUACUUUAAGAGAUUUCAAAUAUUUGAUGUAAUUACAGCAACGCGUGUUUAAAACAAAGAUUUAGUGGAAGUUACAUAUUACCAAAUACUUUUAAAGUUAUUGUUUUAUGUUAUUCAUUAUUUAAAUAGUUUUGAAAUUAAGAGAACUAUACUUUUUAUUUGUAUUGUAAAAUUUAGAUAAUAUACAGUCAACGACAAAAACUAUUUUCCUUCAGUGCGUGUAGAAAAACAGUUGCCAGCGAGCGAUCGUAUAAAUUGUAAACUGCAAAACUCAAAAUCAAGUACCUACUUAUCUUAUUAUGUGUAAAUCAUUAUAAGAUAACUUAAAAGUCAUGAAGAUGGUAUGUAGAAGUCACUGAAAAGUAAGUGGUUGUAUAAGCACAACUCAUUACGAGGGAUUAAUCAAUAUUUUUAAGUUUGUCGUUGACUAUAUACAUAUUUUCGUAUGUUCGUUAACAUAUCUACACCUGAAUAUAAGUAAAAAUAACUACAUACUAUGUAUAAAAUCUAUAUAUAUACCCUACACCACUAUAGUGUGGAGGAUAUUAUGCGUUUAUGCUGAUGUUUGUAAUACCUAAAAAUAUUGGUCCGACAUCCACUUUAAAUUAUAGCAAUCGGCUCAGAAUUACUCUCUGAGUCGAUUUAGCUAUGUCCGUCUGUCUGUCUGUCUGUCUGUCUGUCCGUCCGUCUGUGUGUCCAUGUAAACCCUGUGCGCACUCUA